GUGCGAUAUCUGCCUUCGUGGCUCCCCGGGCUUGGAUUCAAGAAGCAAGCUCUGCAGUGGCGAAAAGACCUUGACGAUCUCGCUAGUAUACCAUUCAAUGCGGUGAAGGCGGCACUUGCAGCUGAGGAUGCACCCGACUCCUACGUCGCUUCUCACCUUCGCAGCCACACCUCGAAACCAAAUACAGACACGAGCGAGGAGGAGAUCAUGUGGUCUGCGGCGAGCCUCUACACCGGUGGCUCGGACACGACUAUUGCCGGGCUGACAGCGUUCGUCCUGCUCAUGUGUUUGCAUAGGGAUGCGCAGAAGCGUGCGCAGGAGGAGAUCGACAAGGUUGUUGGCAGCGACCGCCUCCCGACGUUUGCGGACAUGGCGGACCUUGUGUAUGUCGGAGCAUGCGUCAAGGAGACGUUGAGAUACUGGACUGUUGCUCCACUCGGCCUCCCGCAUCGGGCGAUGGAGGACGCUCAGUAUCAUGAUUACGACAUCCCUGCUGGGUCCACCGUGCUUGCGAACAUCUGGGGGAUCAUGCACGACGAGACCAUCUACUCUGACCCAUUCACCUUCAAGCCGGAGCGCUUCCUGCCGAAGGCCGCAGGAGGGCUCGGCGAGCCCGACUGCGUGCCGACGGUAUUCGGAUACGGUCGGCGGAUCUGUCCCGGGAUGCACCUCGCGGAGUCGUCGCUUUGGAUGUAUGCGGCAUGCAUGCUCGCGGUGCUCGACAUCGCGCCUGUGCGCGAUGAGAGUGGCAAGGAGACUCCGCCGAAUGCGGAGGCGGGGCCGGGGAUCAUCAGUAUUCCGAAGCCGUUCGUGUGCGACAUUACCGCGCGUUCUGUUGCGUCUGCGGUGCUCGGGACUCAAUGA